AAUAAGCUGUACCAAAUAAACUUGGUGGCAACUGAAUGGUGUGAAAAUAUGUAAAUUUUAAGAUUGUCUUAAGUCCUUCUUUCCUUAAUUAUUAAAAAGAAAUUUUUUUGGCUUUGGGUAUCAGUUUUAUCUUACUGGAAUAGCUUCCAAAAAGCAAUCUCCAAGCAGCUGGUCAGAGAAUUUCGAAGUGAUCUAAAGAGAUGAAAAUCUGAAGUGGCAAGUUCUAGUGAAUAUGAGGGAUGACACAAAACAUCUCAUAUGUACUCAGUGAGUCUUUGUGGGGUGUUCAUUGAAAUAUGGGUCCAGGGAAUAGUCAUGAUGAAAGACAGUACUUUAACAAUAGAAAUGUUGUCAAGUAUAGUCAAAGACCAUCAAGCAAAGCAGUCAGCGAAAAGAGAAGAUUUAGAAAAGAAAAAGAAAGAAGCUGUUGUUGCUGCUAGUACAUUAACAUCUGCACUGGUUGACCAUUUGAAUGUUGGGGUUGCUCAGGCAUACUUGAAUCAGAAGAGACUAGAUCAGGAGUCUAGACAAUUACAUACUAAUGUUACAAAUUUUGCAAAGCAGACAGCACAGUGGUUACAACUUGUAGAGAACUUCAGCCAAGUUUUGAAAGAGAUUGGUGAUGUUGAAAAUUGGGCUAAGAGCAUUGAAAAUGACAUGCGGACUAUUUCAAGUGCUUUAGAAUAUGCAUAUAAAGUUGGUCAAGAUGAAGCUUGAGAAACCAUAUUGGAUAAAUAAAUAUGAAUGAGUGGAAAAAAACUGCCAGGAAGUAAAUAUGAUUUAUCAUAUACCGAAUUUCUCAUUUGUGUUGAAGCACAUCUUAAAGUAUGUUAUGAAAAUCUGAAUAGCUAUUUCAAUGAAAAAUUGUUAAUCAUGCAUGUUAAAAGGACAAUACAGUGACCUUUCUCAUCUAGUAACAAGAAGAAAAAGUUCAAAAUACAGUAAAAAUGUAAGUUGUCAUAAUUCCAUAGAAAAUUUAUACUUUUGUAAGUUAUGUAAAUAGAUUGUGGCAAUGUAAAUUUUGAACAAUAAAUAUCUGAAAUUUAUUUGUA